GACUAGUCAAGGCGUGGACUGCCUAUCCAACUAGGAUGUAUGACAAAAGCGCAUGGAUCAUGUAUGGAGUGUAUGGGGUUCUUGAGAGCUUUGACGAGUGUCAACAUAUGGAUGUAUGAUUUUAUACGGGGCAAGUGAUUUGGAACAGAAACCGGACGAUCUAAAUGAGUCAACAGUUGGAUGUACCUGAGAGGGACCCUCUGGAUAAGACCAUGACACCGCUCUGGAAUCAGAGAGAACCAUCUGUAAAAUGACUCGGAACUCCAGAGCGCGCGCGAUGACUUCUCCACAUUUGCUGUAAGCAGGGCGAGGAAACAUAUUUACAGCUGCACAAUGGAUUUACAAAACUCUAACGGGUCAUCUGGGGAGGACAAGCAGAAGCCCAGUCUGAUUGACCUGGGGACGUUUUUCGUGGACGCUGACAUCAUUUUUGGAUUUACUAGUCAUCUGUUAAAGCGAAAAGCCAAGGUGGAAGGCUGUUCGAGCGGAGAGUCUUCACUCUCACUUGAGCUGAGCCCGAGGAGGAGGCUAUCAGCGGAGGAGGAAUUGUGUGCCGGCAGACCAGCACCCGAAGGCGCAGGAGCCGUGAGCGUCUCGGAAUCAGACCGGGACAAGACUAGGCCAGAUCUGUGCAAGCAGUGUCAGAUGACUGUGGCUGAACUGAGGAGACAAGCCCUCGCUCUGUCCGACCCCGCUUCCUUAAAGGACCCUGGAUUUGCUUCCUUUAUCAUCGACCAGCUGCAAGUGCCUGAUUGGCCGCUGAAAGGAGGACAUGAAGGAAGGAGGUGUCAGGUGUGUGGAACACCUGCACAGCAGCUAAAACAGCAGGCGCUUCAGACUCUCCAAGAACUGUACCCUGGUUCCCACAUGCCAUCCCCGCCUCCCAACACCUUCCCUGGGCAUCCCACCAGGCUGACGACUCACAACGUGGUCACUCUUUCCUCCAGACCUACCAAAUCGAGGAUACCUCACCCGGCGCACAGCGUCCUGCCUGUAGGGGAGCGGCAACGUGAGCUGGGCUGGUCUCAGAGCCCGUCUCCCAGCGCUGGUCCACUGAAACCCAGCGUGCAGGUGACCAUGGGAGGAAGACCUCUGACGGGGACCAUUGGCUCAGUCACCAUUCAAGCCCAGCAGUAUUUAGAGGGCAUGUGGAGCAUCUCACGCGUCAAUAACUUCCUGCCUCAGCCAAACCCGUCACAAGGCCUCGUGGGUCAAGCAGAGCAGAGCGAAUGGUCUUCAGACACAACCAUCUCCAGAGUGUCCAUAACUCCCUCCAGACAGAGAGGUCAGGUUCAGGAUGGCCAGGCUGUGCCCUCUUCCUCCGACCAUCCCAGUUCAGCUGCGGCAUCCUUCUUCAUCAGGGCUGCUCAGAAGCUGAAUCUGUCAUCCAAAAGGAAGAAGCAGCAGCCGCCACUGGCAUACCCCCAGGAGCCCUCCAUCUACCCUACUAACUUUAGUGCUGUCCUCCAGUUUUCCCCUCCACCUGCUCCACCAUGUCUGCUCAGGGCGGGGUCAAAGGCCAAGGAGAACCCUGGCAUGGGCAAGGUCAAAGUGAUGAUGCGAAUCUGUCCAUCUCUGGGGGUUGUGGAUUCAUCGGAGUCCAUGUCCUUUCUGAAGGUGGACACUCGUAAGAAACAACUGACCCUCUAUGAUCCUUCAGUCAACACACAGCCCACCUCAGUGCAUAGACGAGCAGUGCUGCCCGCCCCAAAGAUGUUUGCCUUCGAUGCUGUUUUUUCCCAAGAUGCCUCUCAAGCUGAAGUUUGCUCAGGGACUGUGGCUGAAGUUAUUCAAUCAGUGGUCAACGGAGCUGAUGGGUGUAUUUUCUGCUUCGGUCAUGUCAAAGUCGGCAAGACAUACACCAUGAUUGGCACAGACAGCUCCAUGCAGGGCCUUGGCAUUGCGCCCUGUGCCAUCUCCUGGCUGUUCAAGCUCAUCAACGAGCGCAAGGAGAAGACGGGCACGCGAUUCUCGGUACGGGUGUCAGCCGUGGAAAUCUAUGGCAAGGACGAGAGCCUGCAGGACCUGCUUUCUGAUGUCCCCACGGGCAGUCUGCAGGACGGCCAGUCGCCUGGGGUCUACCUGCGUGAGGACCCCAUCUGUGGCACACAGCUCCAGAACCAGAGUGAAUUAAGGGCUCCCACUGCAGAGAAGGCCGCCCUGUUUCUUGACGCCGCCAUCGCAGCACGGAGCACUAACCGGCCGGAUGCAGAUGAGGAAGACCGGCGCAACUCGCACAUGCUGUUCACCUUACACAUCUAUCAGUACCGCAUGGAGAAGAGCGGCAAGGGUGGAAUGUCGGGUGGUAGGAGCAGAUUGCAUCUGAUUGACUUGGGAAGCUGCGAGAAGGUGCUUUGUAAGAGUAGGGACGCAGGAGGAGGUCUGUGUCUGUCUCUCACUGCUUUGGGAAAUGUCAUACUGGCUUUGGCCAACGGAGCCAAACACGUUCCAUACAGGGAUAGCAAGCUCACAAUGUUACUGCGAGAUUCCUUGGGGAACAUCAACUGUAGGACAACCAUGAUUGCUCACAUCUCUGACUCCCCUGCCAAUUAUGCUGAGUCUCUUACCACCAUUCAGCUGGCCUCCCGAAUCCAUCGUAUGAGGAAAAAGAAAUCCAAGUAUGCAUCAAGUUCUUCUGGAGGGGAGAGUUCCUGUGAUGAGGGAAGGAUCCGUCGACCACCACAUUUGCGUCCCUUCCAUCCCCGGACUGUGGCCCUUGACCCAGAUCUACCAUCAUUCCUCAGUGAUCCUGACUAUUCUUCAAGCAGCGAGCAAUCAUGCGACACUGUAAUUUAUGUUGGCCCUGGUGGUGCUUCCAUCUCUGAUCGAGAACUUAGUGACAAUGAAGGACCCCCUGCCUUUGUUCCUAUCAUCCCUUCUCUUAACCGUAAGCAACGAGGGAAAGAAGGGCCAGUUGACCAUGAUCACUUCAAAUGUAACACCUUUGCUGAGCUUCAGGAGCGAUUAGAAUGUAUUGAUGGUAGUGAGGAACCUACAGCCUUUGUUGGUGAAUCUGGAGAAAAUUCUGAAAGCCCUAAAAUGGACCGUAGUGCAACCAAGUUGAAAGAAGGCUCUAGUUGCAUUUCAGUUUCUCCCAAGACUCCUACCAAAGCACUCUCGUCAACACAGGACAGCAUAUCCCAAAAGUCAAUUUAUGUGGCCAAUAAACUGCCCAGCAGUCCAAAACACAAAUUAGAACAUCCCAAAUUGGAAAGUGCCCAAUCAGACAAAGAUCUCAGAGACAUGUCUGAGAGUGUGUGUAGGACAAGUGCAGAUGGUGAAAAGGUGCAAAUGGAUUCUGGAUCCCUAUGUACAAAAGGAAAACCAAUAGUAUCCCAAAACUCAGAGCCUGUGGUUAGGGAAAAGGUUUUUUUCAAUAAAAAGUUACCCAAGCCUGCUCCCCCGCCGCCACAACAAAGAGACUAUGGCAAACUCAAUAGUGAGACUGAAGAAAAGUCUGCCACAAGGAUACCACCAAUUGGGAUGAGCCAUCAAAAAAGAGGUGAUUCAAAUGGGAACUCACCUGUCAAAGUCCAUCAUCUUAAUCCCAGGACUGGGGAAAUGAGGUCCAAUCUUAGGGAGAGGUGCAUGGAGAAGGACAUAUUGAGGACAACUGUAACCCUCAAACAGCCAGUGGAGCUAAACGGAGAGGAUGAGCUUGUAUUCACUCUUGUGGAAGAGUUAUCAAUUGGUAGCAUUGUGGACAAUGGGAGGCCCUCAAGUAUUGUGAGUUUCAAUAGUGAUUGCUCAUUACAGGCCCUUGCCUCAGGGUCACGACCAGUAAGCAUCAUUAGUAGCAUCAAUGAUGAGUUUGAUGCCUAUACAUGCAAUGUUGGUACCUCUGAGGCAAACAUUAAAAUGGUGGCUCCAUUACAGGAUAAAACAUUUGCUUCGCUUGGCAGUCGUGGUUCUUCUAUCACUUCAUGGCUCAGUGAAGUAAGUGUCUGUACUCUGGAGAGUGAAGGUGCCCAAUCAGCAGAUGUAUUUCUCCCUCAAGGUACUCAUACUGGUCUAGACAGCAGUUUCUACCUUGAUUCUCUAAGCAUGUUCCAAAGCAGCCCUCAAAAGCAACCCAAGAACUCUUUGAAUGAUAGUGGCUGUAGCUUCUCAGAUUUGGACAGCGACAGUGCUGUAUCAAGCAAACUUUCACUUAGCAACUGCCCAUCUUCUCCAGAGGCCCCACAACUAUCUGCCAAAAAUUUGCCAAAACUUGCAAAGGCAAAUACCAUUCAUUUAGCUGAUCCCAAGUCCUUUCAAGAAUCUCAAGUUGUCCAGUGUAGUCUUUCCAGGAAAUUAAAACCUACCUCAUCUAUAGCCCAUAGUAGCAGUAUCAGUGGAACCAGCUCCAGUAGCAACUGGAGACGUGAGCCACCUAGGCAAGACUGCAUCCCAGAUGCAUGGCACCGAGUAGAUAGCCCAUUAGAGUCUUCUUUAACUUCUCAUUCAAGUUCUUCGUCCAGACUGGUAAAAAGUGGAAUUCCUGCAAGAAAAGCAGGUACAAGCAGCAGUGUACCUCGAAUGCCCAAAACACUGGGGUCAAACCCAUCCCAAAGGGUGGUGGACGGAUGUGAAAAAACCAGCAACAACAGGAAAAUGGAGUCCCCAAGCAGGAUGCCACAGCUCAGACGAGGUGCAACAACGCUUGGAAUAGUUCCGGUCAUCCAUCCGUCCAUUGAUGUCAAGCUUGCGCAAGAUAUUGUUUCCUCAACAAGCAAUUUGAAGUUCUCCUCAUUAGGAAAAAGUGGAAAAGCAAGCAAGCAAGAGGAGAGUAUGUCAAAACCUGGAAAUGUAUCACCACCUCCACCUCCAGUUCGCAAAUCCAGUUUGGAUCAAAAGAAUCGAAUCCUGUUUCCCUCAAGUGCCUUAAAGUCUGCUUAUGAUGCAGGAAGGUCUUUAGCACCAAGGGCCACAGGUUUAGAGGAUGACAUUGAUAUUUGCUCUAGGGUUGAUUCAAAUAGUUUAAGAGCAUCUAACUUAAAGGCAGAACAUAGUUUGAUAAAAGCAACCUCCAGUCUCAAAUCUAGAGGAGCUAGAAGUGAUACAGGACAGCUUUAUGGAAGCCAGAUAUCUCUAGACAGAUGUGACAGUUUAUCAUCUUUGGGGUCUAAACCUGCUCUUAGUCGAGAGAACAGUGGUGCUAGUCUCAAUAGCAAGUCAAGCAAGUCUGUCAGUAGGUUUGGAUCACCUGUUUCCACCUCUUCCCCAAUUGCUACCUCUCCUCCUUCUUGUAUAAACCCAGUAAGCACUGUAAAAAAUGGAAUCGUCAAAGGCAGCCUUAAUGCGAGACCAAUACCUGCUAAUACCAACAAAGCUCGUACAUUAUCUGCAAACAACUCCAAAGCCCUUAGCUCAUCCACUAAGUCUCUUGUGGCACCUGCAACAAGGAAUGCCAACCUUCCACCUUCAGGAAAGACUGCGUUACCUCGAGCAACAGUAGGAUGCAAUGGUAAAUCCACAAGAGGAACUAUCAUGGGUACCAAGCAAGCAAUGAGGGCAGCAAACAGUCGUGUUAGUGAGUUGGCAUUGGCCAACACUUCUGGGAAACAAACAAGGGGCUCAGGUGAUUCAGACAGUGGCAAUGAUAGUGGAGUGAACCUUAACGAUGACAAGCAUACCCCAAUCCCCAUUCUUCCAUCUCCAUAUAGUAAGAUCACAGCCCCAAGAAGACCUCAGCGCUACAGCAGUGGGCAUGGAAGUGAUAACAGUAGUGUGUUAAGUGGGGAGUUGCCUCCUGCUAUGGGACGAACUGCACUUUUCUACCAUAGUGGAGGGAGCAGUGGAUAUGAAAGCAUGAUCCGUGACAGUGAAGCUACUGGUAGUGCUUCUUCAGCCCAUGACUCUAUGAGUGAAAGUGGGAUGUCCUCCUCUGGUCGCACAAGGAUCUCCAAAGCACCCAAGAAGAGGUCAAAUGGCCUCCAGAGACGGCGCCUCAUCCCAGCUCCCUUACCGGACGCAUCUUCCCUGGGGAAGUCUGGGACCACGGGCCAGUGGGUGGACCUUCCCCCUAUGACCGGACCAUUGAAAGAGCCUUUUGAGAUCAAAGUGUAUGAAAUUGAUGACGUGGAGCGGCUUCAGCGUCGAAGACAGGAGAAGACAGAUGAGGGCCUGAUGUAUUUUAACACUAAAUUGAAGGUUCUUGAGAAACGACAGCUGCAAAUCAGAGAUCUCACAGCCAAGCAUAAGACUCUGAAAGAAGAGUUGGAGGACACCAAGUCUAGACUAAUGAUGGAUUCCAGCAAGUGGAUAGGAGAGUUUGAGGUGGAUGAGGAUUUGGAUCAGGAGUCGCAGGAGUACUUCGAGGCAUUGGAGCAGGCUACGGCUGAACUGGAAUACUGCGUCAACCUAUGCAAGUCUCGCGUCAUGAUGGUGACCUGCUUCGAUAUUCGAGUAGCAUCUGACGUGCAGGAAGGACCGCGAGAAGUCGAGGUUUAAGAACGUGAUGUGGUGAUCGAUGGAAAACGAGAAAGAGAUGGAGGAAGACAGGACCCUGGAUGUCUGAAAGGAAGGAUAAUGAAAUGUAGCAGCCGGUCCAGUGAUUCCGAGAAACUCAUGGAUCAAAGGAAUACCU